AUGGGACAGCUGACAUCAAGACAAGAGAUAGUCAACUUGGAAACAACCAACCCACAAAUGCGUAACUGGUUGUGCGCCAGCAUCGCUAUCAGAGAAACGUCCAAAGUCCUUGCUGUACAUGUGCAUAGAAAAAUCUCUCAGAUUCAUAAAAUGAUGCGAAGAUCUGUUGGCUCACUGCCGGCCUGUCAGCAAAACUGCAGUCAGUUUAGCGGGGACCCUAACAAGCCUUGGUGUAGGACAUGUGACAGGUGGGGAGCAGAGAUUGCGGCAAUAUGCAACCCACAGUACAAACCACGUAUCACCUGGUCAAGACUGAACUCCUCACAAUGGCCUGUCAAUCCGUAUGAAGUUGGAAGAGCUUUUAUACCUCGAGCUCAUAGACUUUACUACAAAUCUGCUGAAUUUCACGAAGACUUACGUUUUGUCCUGAGCUUCUUAGAAAACUGUUCCGCAGUUCACCUGCCGAGGUCGCUGUGUGAAAAGGCAUGGCAGUGUCAUGGACGGGUGAAAAGGAAGAAUGUCCGCAUGAGAAUGGGAAGUCAGGAGUUGGAGGAAACUGUAUCUGUGAUGACAGAGUUGUUGUCUCAAGAGGAUUUAGGAGACAAUGAAGAUGUCAUCAACAAGAUGCAGGCUUUGUUAAGUGACACAGAAACAGAAAUGGAUGGUUGUGUUGUUAUGUGA